UUUCUUGCUGAAACGCAUAUCAGGCCGGAACAUCAAAACCAAACUCCUCAAAAACAUCUUUCCAAAGUCUGAGCGUCGUUUGUAGGAAGUCUUCAUAGCCGUUACUCUAACGAUGGGAAAAAUAUGAUCAGUUCAUACAUUGGGAUUUAUUAUUUGAUUCAAGAGUACUAAAGAAUUUUCGUGUACGCUCAACAAAGAAUAUGGGGGUUUUAGACAUACUAACAUAUGUUGGUCUCUCUGUCUCGAGUUUCAGUUUUCUGUUGGUCUUAGUGACUUACUCACUUUUUAAACAGCUUCGAACUUUACCCGGAAUCAACUUGAUGAAUUUCUCUAUGGCACAUUUGUUGGCAGACCUACUUUUCCUUCUAGCAGGCAGUGCAACGAAGCUCACAUGUACAAUAAUCGCCAUUUUAAUGCAUUAUUUCUUUCUAGCGUCCUUCACCUGGAUGUCAUUCAUCGCGUUUGAAACGUGGCGAACUUUUUCCACAAUCUGCAUACAGCGCAGAAAUCUGACCAGAAGUGAAAAGUGUCUUAGUUUAAUGCGAAGAAUUGCAGUGGGAUGGCUUCCUGCUUUUGCUGUUGUGGCAGUGUGUGUAGCACUUCACCUGUUCGACGAUGAUACGUUUCUUUACGGCGCCCGCGCUACUUCGAGCAAAUUCUGCUGGAUAAACAAUCCAACUGCGCUAUUGUUCGCGUUCGCUCUGCCAGUAUUUAUUGCCAUAUUGUUUAACAUUGUACUCUUUUCCUUGACUGUGAUAGCUAUACGAAAAACAAACCGUCAACUGAGAGAAGCAACAUACCAUGCAAAAAACCGCAUAACUGCGGCUGUGUUCGUUAAGAUUUUCAGUUUGAUGGGCUUCACAUGGAUUUUUGGCUUAUUGAUACCGUUACACAGAAGCUUUGAAUACCCAUUUGUCAUAUUUACCACUUUCAUGGGACUGUAUGUAGCGCUGGCGUUUGUGUUUACGCCAAAAAUCAUGAGUUUAUAUCGCGCCAUGCUGUGCGCUAAUAAAACUGAGGUGGUUCCUAUUGGAGCUGAAGUAAAUAACAGCGCCCCUAAACAUGAAAGGCAAAAAACUCAUGAAUGACUAGAUUUAUGAUUUACAAAAACAUAGCAAACAAAGCAGAAAUUCCGUGCAUUACUAUUUCCCUGCUUUACGCUGUAAAAAAUUCACCUAUGGUAAUAUAACGAAAAGGCAAA